AUGUUGCAGAGCACUUUAUCUACGCCCUUGCUACCGAUGACGAACGGCUCUUUGAGUCGCAAAGGUCCUCAUCGUUCGACGAACAGUCUUCCAAAGACCCCUAGUAGGCAGCCAGUCACCGGUGAGAGUUCCGCUUUGACCGACGGCGACAUGGUGAUGGAUGAGAAAGAGCUUCUGAACGAAGCGCGAUCUCUUAGACAGCACAAGCAGCGACUAGAACAGCGCAGCCGAAUUCUCGAGGACCACAACAGACAGCUGGAAAUUCAGCUUAAACGGCUUAGGCAGCUGAUCAACGAACAGCAGCUUGCCGGGGACAGUUUGUCAGUAAACGAUCGCUGGUCUCCUUAUUCGACCAUCCAGUCGCCUAAGUCAACCUAUCGUUCGUUGCCGUCGUCAGAAAAGUCACCUGUCAGAACGAACUCCGUCGCUCUGCAGCUUCGAGAUGCGUUGUUAACCAGUGCUCCUCCUACGAAUUCUCAUAUCUACGACCUGAUGAGCACCGUACAGGAUCUUGGAAAGGCGAUGGGCAAUCUGAUCAACGUUGUCACAUCCGACGAUGAGUUGUCCGACGAUAAAAGUUUUUCUUAA